AUCAAAAGUCAAAGUGAAAAAUUUUAGUAUAGACUCACUUCCGUGUUUUUAUUUACUGGUGACUAAAAUACACAGAUAAAUCAGAAAUACCGGUCUUGACAAUGGCGCUAGUGGCGAGCGAGUAACGAUCGAUCGAUAGUUGUGCAGAGGAGAUUUUGCGCGUUUAACAAUUUCCUAGUUAAUUAAAACGUAAAAAAGGAAAAAUAACGUUUUUACAAAAGUGAACACGGUUGUUUUGUGAAAAUAGUUUUCUUCCACAUUUGUUAAUAUUUUCGUGGACUCACCACUCUUUAUAGUCGAAGAAUUACUGCACUUAUUGGAAUCUUUUUGGUGUAAGAAAUGCUUAAUGCCGGACCCGAGGGUUAAGCCGGUGUCGGCAAGUGAAUCAUCAGCCUCAGACGAAGCGUCAAAGUUGGAACUAUAUCUUCAGAGACAACUUGAAGAGGAUGUAGCAAGAAUUUUUGACGAAUCUAUUUAUUCUGAUCUAGAAGUGGCGUGUGGGAAACACCACAAAAUACUAACUCAUUCUUGCAUACUAAAAGCACGUACAAACAAAUUUUAUAGAAAGCUUGAAGCAUUUUUGCAUGUUAACAUCGAAAAAGAAGCUUUUGAUGAGAUAUAUUCGUUUAUAAGCGAUGCUUAUACCGAAUGUGAUAUCAGAACCCAAGAAAAGGAGAUUUUAAUUUUUUUGAAGAAAAACGUCUUUACAAAAAAUAAUUUUAUCGAAUUGCAUAAAACAAAGAAUGAAAUAGAGGAUAUUGACGUAUUUCUAACGCCAAAUUGUGCUAGUCCGUACACAGAAAAAAAAGGCCAACAAUUAUCGUGCCUUAGCCCAAGUACCGACAUAACAAAAGAAUAUUAUGCGUUAGUGCACAUUGAGGGUAAUUUAUUGGAACAAGAACUUAUAGAACAAGAUGUUUUGUCAAGUGCCUUUCAGACUAUAAAAAAAGCACAAGAUAGAGAAUCACAUCAAGUUACACAACGUAACAAGCCAACUUCGUUGUCUCUGAUUUCUAGUCAUUCUCCCAAGACCUCAAAACAUUCCAAUGAUUGUGAUAUAUAUAACAAAGUAUCGAAUGAUCCUGCUGUGGUGAACAACUCUAAAUUUAUAAAAAAGACGGCCCGUAACGAAUCUUUCUCUGAAAGAAACUUAGAUCCCUCAUAUUCUCCAGACAGCUUAAUCACAGACGAGCCUAGUUCCUCUUCAGAUUACUUAUCUGCUGUGUAUGCUUGUUCUCCUGCGUUGGGAUCUUCUGGAUGUUUGUCACAAUUAAAUGCUGAAGAUAAUAGCUUUAAAAUGGAAAAAAUAUUUACAUCGUCCGACUCGGGCUUGGAGAAUACUGGCUUGUUAGAAAGUCUCAACAGUCACAAAGAUGUUACAUUAACGGACAUUUCUUUGACCGACAGUACUGUACAUGACCGAACCGUAGAAGAAGGGUCCAGUCCAGAGGGCGACUUAAACCAGGUACAGAUGAUAAGAAUUCCUAUAGUGCGCACUACACCGUUAUCAAUUUGUACUACUUCACAAGGAAUAGAUUAUAUAGAACAGAAAAAUAAUUCAGAAAAAAAAUCAAACGAUAAAGCUUGUGGUAAAUCUUCUAAAGAUCAGAAACAGCGACAGAAUGAAGAAAUUGUAAUAUUGGAGUCAUCUUCAGUAUCUUCAGAAACUGGAUCCUGGGAAUCUGUUUUUCCACCAAAAGUGUCAGAUAAAGAAGCUUCUGACAAUUUAAUUCAAAAUGAAUUUCAAAAUGGUAGUCAAAAUGUUGCCAUAGUAGAAAAAAAUAAACAGGAUGAUUUGUCGGAUUCGGAAAAUUUCGCACCGUUUUUAGUCAAAACGACACCAUGUUUUAUCGACGCUGCAAGUUUGGUUGACGAAGAACAUGUAUCGCUUAGUUUACACAGUCAAAUUCUAACAAAGAAAGCGAAAGCCAAAUCUAAAAAAAUACCUGUUCCAAGCCAGCCGGUACCAUGUUCUACAGUCAAGAGUCAUGAUAUUAGCCCAGGCGAUUGGUCUGGAAGUAAUGAUAAUGAUGAUUCAUUAGAACAACCAGAUAAUAAAGAACCUGAUUCAAUACAAAAGGACUUAUCGCCGACUAUUUUUGAAAUGACUCCUAUUACGGAAGAUUCUUUAAGUGCAAAUGAUAAUCAAGAAUAUAAAGAAAUAUUUGAAACAAGUAAACCUGAUAAUGGUGAAUCCGCUCAAUCAAGCAGUGCAGUUUAUAUGGGGACUACCCCUCACAAUUCUAUAAUGUCCUUGAAAGGUUCUUCGUUAAAACAUUAUGACUCUGAAGAAAGCGAAAAUGAUACAAUAGUUAUGAGUAGGGAAAGUCUCAAAAGUUUUAGAUCUAACCGGUAUAAUGAAUCUUCACUUGUAUCAGAUUGUGCUUCUAUAGAAAACAUCGAUUCACCAAAGUUAGGGACACAAAAUAGUAGUCCUUCAAUUCGACGAAAAUUAGACAGUAUCUUCGUGCCAACGGAGGCUAGUUUGAAUGUUAAUGAAAAGAAAAGCUCUUCAAAAGCAUCAAAAUCUGCAUCAGCGUCUGCUUGGGUGGUUGAUAUGUCAUUAAGCCCAAAAAUAGCUGAAGACAGUAAAGGCAAUGCCAAUCAAAAUGUUCACGUUAAAAAACCUAGUGACAGAAUGUGUGCAACUUUAAAAAAUGAGUCAAAGGUUGGUAGUAAUGACAGCUGCAAUAAAAGUAGAAGUUCUGUAGAUUCUGAUAGCUCAGAAAAAUCGGGCCAUAAAUUCUACAUUGAUUUAGCAACUUUACCAGAUCCCUUACCUCCAGAACCAACGAAUGUUGAAAAAAACAGCGAAAAAAUUUUUUCUAUGUACAUCGAUUUGGGUGAAAAAUCCACUGUAAAAGAAAUGCCAUCUAGACUGUCGUCUUCACUCAAUGCUAAAAAGCAAUCGAAUGACAAAAGUUCUACUAAAUAUGUUUCAGCUUCUAAAACUCCAAAAACAAUAUAUAUAGAAACACCUGUACCUUGCAGCUCUAAGUCACUGGAUAUGUCUGCAAAUUUCGAAAGAUAUGAAUCGUUGUGUAACGAUCCCAACAUCAGUAUUUCCGAUAUAAUAGCUAUUCCAGAGCCUACCUGUCGGAAAUCGAAUAAGUCAAAUGAAGUCGAACCUGAAACAAAAACUGAUAGAUCAACUCGACGUAAAAAUGAUAAAUCUUUUAAAGCAGAUUCUAGAGCAGUAAUUCGCGAGGAGUCCAUAAAAUAUGAGGAUGUUGAUCUAUUUGUAAGAUUAUCGGAUUUAGAUAAAACGACACAAAGUUCAGAUGAUUUGGAAAGAGAAAUUCUGGAUUCAAGAAUGACUAGAUCUAUACCUGAUAAUAAUUGGUCAGGACAAAAUACAGCAUGUACCUCGAAGUCAAGUGAGGUCAUAAGUUCAUUUCAUUCGGAGAAUGCAUUAAGCUUAAACAGGCUUUUUCCUCAUCUGAAGAAUGAAUUCAGUAAAAGUAUGCCCAUAUCGCUUUCUGGGCGCACACAAUCACCCUCGAGACAGGUAUCGAGUGUUUGUGAAGCAGAUGAGCAUAAUUCAGAUGUAUCAGAACUCAGCAGUGUGCAAAGUAGUAUGUGUCGGUCUGUCGUUGAGAACAGUACAACUGAAGAGACAAGUCAAACUUCAAGUUUAAUAGGCAAUUGUCAGUCUCGACUAGGUCAAGAUUUGUUGCGAAUGUUCCUAGAAGAAAUAGCACCGGAUGUUAUUGUCGAAGUGUCAGGGAAGCGUAUUAAAGCACACAAAUGUAUAUUAUCAUCAAGAUGUCAAUAUUUUGCCGGUAUUUUGAGCGGCGGGUGGGUAGAAAGUUCUGGGAACGUUAUUGUUUUACCGCCGUUUUCAUUCAACGUUGUACACUUUGCUCUGUGCCAUAUAUAUUCGGGCCUGUCAAAUAUUCCUGAUUCGAUAAGCAUUGUGGAACUGGCCACAAUCGCCGAUAUGCUGGGCCUUGAAGGAUUGAAAGAAGCCAUUAUGUUCACGCUGAAGGCCAAAUAUUGUCAUCACUUUCACAGGCCGUGUCAAGUAUGCACAGCUGGUGUGUUGGAAUGCUUUCCCCUUUCAUCGGUUUAUGGAUUGGAGGAUUUGUAUCGUAAAUGUCUAAGGUGGAUAACGAAGUAUUUUACAAAAGUAUGGCCUACUAAAUCUUUUGCUACGUUGCCUAAAGAGCUACUGGACAAAUGUUAUCAAGAGCACAUAAUUAAUUUGACGAUCGAUAAUCUUAUCGACACCGUUUAUGGAUGUGGCGUAACAGUUGCAUCACUUCAAAAUAGCAGAUGGGCUGAGAUUGUGGCGCGCAUGUGUCGACGCUUGGUAAAUGCUGCAGCACAUUACGCAGCGCCAAGAUUAUUGGCAGUGCUUGAAAUUGUAUCUACAGCUCCAGUUGCACAUCAAUCUGCCACACAAGCCCUAGAUGACUGCCUCGCUGCCGCCAUCGAAUGGGCACCACCGGAUGAAACUUGUCGUGUAUACGCAUUCCUUUCACAUUUGGUUAAGGAAAUGAAAAAUCCAAAUUACACAACUAAAGAUUUUACGAGUAAUGGCAGUCAAAGGUCUAAUGACCCGGAUCUUAACAAUUUUCUAUUUAGUCAUGCGAGCUGCUGGCGCUUGCAAUGCGAAGGAGCUCUCGUAAGAGCUGCACCUCGAGUUGUGGGCACUCAGGCUUUCAAAGACUUACCUCCAGAUCUACGUAGACGGCUUCGGGAACUGGGCUGUAUCAUGUAUGGCCCUCAAGCUAUUCCUUUAACCAACUCUCCUCUUCAAGACAGAAAAACCAAGAGUGCUUAUCAAAGUAAACCUUCUAAGACUAUUAAUUCUGCUACUAGUCGCAGUUUGGAUAUGGAAAAAGUCCGAAACUCUUUCGUUCCUUAUAAACCAAGGCCGAUAGUGGUGGGAUCGAAAGAUAAGAUGUUAAUCAGCGCUGAACUUCGAGACUUCAAAAAGAUCGCUUAUAAGGCAAACAUGCCCAAAGUUAGGACGACAAAAGCGCAAGAAGAACGUGCGAAAUUUAACCAAACUAAAACAUUGACAUCCCAAGAUCGUUCAGUCAAUAAUAAACCAGGAUCAACUCGGAUGUUUGAAAAUACGAAACCCAGAUAUUUGGAACCGCGUUUAGCCAAAGAAAAAGAGAAAAAAGUGCCAGCAAGAAAGCUCGUUGGUAAAACGGUCUCAUCAAGUGAGUCUUCUCGAAAUUCAAGUCCAAUACAAUCACGAAACGUACGCGCCAGUCGUAUAACCAGUAACCAAAUAUAUGAACACAAGGCGCGCACUAUGUCCCAAGAUAGCCUUGCCACUUCAUCACGGCCACGUACCGCUGAACCAUCUACUGAUUCGCUGAGUGGAUCUCAAAACAGUAAUAAAUAUGCCACGUACAUAAAGAUCAAACACACUAGCAAGGGCUCGGUCGAAUCCGUCAUGCCAAAAUGCCAGGGUCCUUCGACCGCAUCUUUGCUACAUUCAAAAAUCAAGACGAAGAUUCCCAUAUAUAAUAAUCAAAACUCCGCAUCUUGUAAUGGGAACAAUAGAUCCAAUGUCAACGCUAAACCAUGGCAGGUAAGUAAUGUAGCUGCUAAGACGAAAACAAAACCCUGCGAGCGGAAGGUGUCCGGAUCUCUGAUGAAUGCCACGAAAUCGAGUUCAGCCAAAAUCGUUCCAAAGGUAACUAAAGAAUCGCAGUCGCAUGCGAAUAAAUCCUGCAAGCAGCAAAAACCUGCUGCAAAACUUGCAAGCAGCAAUAUGCAGAGGCGGGAGGAUCACGAACGGGAACAAAACAUUCCAGCUAUGGAACGUUCGGGAACUUUCCUGAAGGAUGAGCCAAUGUUCAGAGAUAAAAGCACUGACAUGGAUAAGGGCCAGUAAUUUAAUAAAUAUAUAUAUUCUUAUAACUACCCAUUUCACUUUUAACCCUCAAGCGGGCGCGCGGUCAUUUGUAACGGCAGCGGUCGCGCGUAACUUAAAAGACCUACGGGAUAUAUCAGAGAAAUAAUACACUAAUUAAUCAAUAUAAUUUAUUUUUUUAUAAUUAGGAAAAUCGUUCAUUUUCUAGGACAUUGAUUUGUCAAAAAAAAGAAACUUAACUGUAGGUAUAAACUAAAUAAUAAAAUAAAAAUAUCAACGUAAAUUUUUCUUUGGAAUAGAACCUCUUUUCUGGAACAAAUAACCAUCUUAGGUGCCUGUAACUAGUUAUAAAUAUCUAUUAACUAAUAACAAAAAAAAAAAACUAAAUUAUAAAAUCAGUUAUCUUCAUGAAAUCAAGUAAUUAAAAUAACCAUCAUGUUAAGGUCUACUUUUCUCCAAAAUCGGUAUCUUCGCCAAGGUAACAUUAAUUGCAAAUGAAGGAAGUGUGGCUUCUACAAAUAUUCCUGUGACAUGAUGUGCAUCGAGUCGUCGAUUGCCUCCUUUUUUGCUGAUCAUACUUUGCAGUUUACUUUACAUGUUGUACUGGAACUAGAAUUUGCUUCAUUACUAGCUCAACAUCCACAUUCAAAAGUUCUCUUAUGUUUAUUUUUAGAUUCCUUGAAAGAUCUUCUUUGAUCAUACUUCUUUUAUUAGCUCCAUGCCCAAUUCACGUAAACUAUUUAUUUGGUACGCAGUGAAAUGAUGACAAACUGUUUAGGACAUAAUAUGUAUGUGAUGAGAAUUAUUAUUAUUAUCAGCGAAAAUAUAUUGAAUGCAGUCAAAUUGAUGUCGCGCGACCGCUUGAGGGUUAAAAUGACUUAUUGUACAAAGGCUUUAUAGGUUGCGUUACUUUUUAAAAACCCUAAGCAAUUGAACUAUUCUAUUUUUUUAAUUUAUUUAUUAUAUUUUAUUUUAAAUGAAAUUAAACUAUUUACAUGCAUACGUUUUCCAAAGGUUGUAAUCGAAAAAUAUUAUUAAUUUACAAAUAAGUAAAAGUGUAUAAGUUGUUAGAUAUUUCACAAUUAAUCACAAGGUUUAUUUAAUGGACAUAAUGUUGAAAGGAAAAAGUUAUAGAACGUCUAAAUGAAGAAUGUGUAGUUGUAGAGCCUCAGAAGGCACAUCACAAUUUUACUUGAAUGUUAAAUCUGGAUGUUUUACCUAAUAUAACCAUAGUAUUCAUUGCAUAAUAUAUCAAAUUUAAUCGGUGUCAGCGUUAGCAUUUGUUGUGUAUCAAUUAAAUGUCGUAGGAUUACAUUGUAUCCCAUAUAUUACUGUCAGUUUCUAAAGCGCCGAAUAAAGUCGGGAUAAAUUUGAACGCUCAUUGAACGCCUAUUGUGUCAUCGGUGGCCACCGAUGUUCAUACGUUGGUAUGACCAUUCGAAUUAUAUUCGGCCAAUCUGACUUUGACCGACGUUUCAGGAACUUGAAGUUAGUGUUAUAAAUGUUACUUGCAAUCAAUUUAAACGUAUAGUAUUUGUUGUGAAGUAGAGGAAAUAGUAAUAAACGUAUUUAUUUUAAACACUAGUAUAAACACAAUAACUCUUAGUGAAUAAACAGUUCCAGUCUAGAUUUCACUUAUAAAGGACACUUUUGAAAGAAUUUAUAUUACGAAAAUAUUUUUGUUCUUGAUAGAUGAGAUGAUAUAGAUAGGUAGCUGUUGGUCAAAAUUGCGUCGACAGUGUCAACAUGCAGGUGGUUGUCGGCGAUGGCCGUCCUCAGCACGGAUCGGAGAGGCUGCGGGAUCGUGUUGAUAUAACGCAUCCGCGGUCUCUCCCGUGCUUUGCUCCACUCGUGGCUCGGCGGAGCUCUCAUCAGGAGGCGAAAGUGCGUGGGGGGGGGACCCCCCAUGCACUCCUCGCUAAGUACUAACUUUUUUUUUUUCGUGGGAAAUCCUCAUGGAUACCCUCCAUAUCUGAUGAUACAAGGAGGGUUAUGUCGGACUCAUACCGACUAAAACCACCACGGUUCCAGCGAUCCACACUGAGUGAAGUUGCGGGUACGCUUGCGCAUUCUUCCGCGCCUCCACGAAGUACUACCUAACCUAAGUUAUUUAUCACAUCAACAUUAAAUAAUUUAAGAAUGCAAAACUUUGCCACGUGCCAACAACUUUACAAUAAACGUCAAGGUGACAAAAGAAUGUCCAUCGUCGAGUCCGUUUCUAUUCAGUUGUGAAAUCUAUUAUUGGAACUUGAAUCACGCUCAAUAUAUAAGAUUAAAAUUGCGCCCAUAUAUAGAGGUGCUUGUUAAAUUUAUCUAAAAAGUAGAAUUUCAUUCUUGUGUAAACUUCAGUCUUUAUUAUAAGUAAUCUCUAACGUUGGUACUCAAUGGUACCGGUACUUAAAUAACGUUCUAUGAAUUUUUUCGUUCUUUCAAAAGAAGUGUAGUAGGAAUAUAAGUGUUGUGACAUAAUUUAUAUCUUGAGAAAAUCUAUAUUAAUUAUUAUUUUAUUGCUUUCCAAGCGAAUUUUAUUUUUACUAGUCUUUUUAUUUAAUUUUUACUUCUUAAUAAAUAGUCUUUUUAUUUAAUUUUUACUUCUUAAUAAAUAUAGCUGUUUCUGUAGAAGGUAGAUUUCACGUCGGUUUUUGUCCCCUUUGUAAAAAUCGAUGUAGUAUUCAAUAUAUGUGUAUAAAAGUGAUGAUAACUGUCGGCGUUGUAUUCAUUCAUUCAUAAAUUUUAAGCUAUAAAGUAUAAAGACUACUUACAUAUUAGUGUUAAAUGUUAAUCGUUAGUUUCAAUUUUAUUUACAAAUAUAUUCUUGUACAGAGUAGUCUAUUAUUUUAAAGUAGUAUAUACAUGGGCGUACCCAGCCUUUGGCAGGAGAUCCUGCUUUAUAGGUAGGUAGAAAAAUUAUUAAAGAAAUAUGCAUUUAUUUUAU